AUGAAGGAUGGACGACGACCAGCGGUUCACGGAUCAGACGGAGAACUGCAAGACACAACUACGAGUGCGAGCCAGAGUGCUAGCGUUGCGACGACUCCAUUUACGACGGCGGGAGAUUUGCCAUCGACCGUAGACGAUCGUCCAAAGCCCGACUCUCAGAAACCAAGUCCAGAAAAAGAAGAUUCGGUGCUGGUGGACGAUACCGGACCUGCAUCGCCUUCUAUUGAACAUCCAGAGCCGGAAACUCAUGGCGAGAUUGAUCAAGCUAUUGCACCUGCUCUUACUAGAGGUCGUAGAAGGCGCUCAAGGUCGCGGGGUAGUCGCUCCGGGACGCCAAAACUCGAAAUCCCACCUAGCAGCACGACGAGCGUGAUCACACCCAUUCAACGAGUGGCAUCCCCAGCAACAGCGCUGUUGGACUCGAUCGUUUCCGAGUCUCAAAAGAAGCAGGAGCCCCCUCAACAUCUCGACUUGUCGGGGAUGCUGGCGCCAGAGCCCGUCACUCCUUCGGAUACCUCCAUCACCCCAACCGCGCCGCGAAAUCGAACGUUUGUCUCGCCCAUUGGCACAUUUCAGCAGCUCUCUCCCCUUUUUGCCAACGGUACAUCCCCGUUUGUUCCCAUCGGUGCCUCGAGCCCUCUUCCAUUGGCAGAACUUCAGUCGAAUUACACAGCGGGUGGUCUUUCACGCUCUGUCAGUGUAGGAAGAGCGCAUGCUCUUCAUAAACUACUUGGAGGGAACAUGUCCCCAGCGGACACGGAUCUUUUCCCUCCGUUUGGUCCCUCUCGUUUUGACGCCGCAAGUCCCACGAGCUCUGGCAUAUCCGAGACAAGAAAUGCGAUGAAUACACCACCUCCAGCUACCUUGGUUUCCAGAAGCAAUACUGUCGCUGGGGGAGAACGCUCUGUCGCCAGAGCUGCCAUGUUGCAAAAGAUUCGUGGCAGGGUUGGGCCAGUUACCCCAAGAACAGCAGCAGCAACUCUAGACCCACCGUCUGCGAUGCCGGUCCAGAUGUCAUCUCCAGAGCCCCAUGACACAUCGGCCACCGUUGGGGGGCUGAGCUUCGAUGAGACUGUGGUCAACACUGGUAUAGAUGAGGUGCUCGUUAUGCCUGAAAUUGUUGCUCGAGAGAAUAAGCGUCGACGGAGGAGGAGCAAGAGGACCAGCUCGAGCGCUGCUAACCAUCUCGCUACUAUUGAAGAUGGUAGCACUCACGACCACGAUACGCAGAGCCAGGGAGACUUCAUGUCGGAUGGCACCAGUGCUAGCGUGGGCACAUCUCCAGCAUCUCAUUUUUCGCCAUUGCCGUCGACUAUCCCGCUCUCGUCAGCUUCGAUACUCAACCCACACAGCAGUGUUUUACGCGCUACGCCUUCUCCUGCCUAUACCCCUCCACCGAUCAUGCCACUUGAUACCUACAUCUCGUUAAUCAAUGGCUCUACGCCUUCGGCAAGUCGGACACCUGAUGUGCCAGAAGGGCCCAGGCGUAUCGAGGAACUGAAUGAAGCAGAAAUACGUAGACAAGAAGAGAUGCAAGCCCGAUACUUCCAAGGGCUGAACCUGCUGAGAGCAGCAAGCGGAGAAACCCCUGCAACGCCCGGUCCGAUACGAGUCCUCAUCGAAGAGGAGGAUGAACCGCUGCCUGUCCCAGUUCUGGAACCCACAUCACCCUCUCAGACGGACGUUCCAGAGACUGUUUCGUCGCCCGGUGCACCAACGCGGCCUAGCGUGGAUAGCGUCGAAAUUGCAGGUUCGAUACAGCGUCAGCAUCACGACUCAAUAUCCCCGUCACUCUUAUCUAGUACAGAUGGUCAGUCAUCCCCCGGCCUUGGUGGCUUGAACGGUAUGGCUCGUGUCCCUAUCGUCAUGCAUCAAUACGGCCAAGAUGGACAGCCGACCGGGUUCGGGAGAAAGGGAAGAGUCAAGGCUCCUGGAUUGGAUGACGCUGAAGAAACGGAUGUCCCAUUGGUCAACUUUGAACCGUUCCCUACCAGCAUCGUGUUGACGCCGGGAAAGGACCAACCUCAUCACUAUUCUGGCUAUCACUCCGAUGUGGAACAAGAGGAUGCUGGUAGGCUGAGCGCCAACCAACCGAUGCAAGGAGGACGAUUGGGGCCGACACCGAGGUCAUGGGACCGGAAGUCUGCAGCCUCUUGGAUUGACAGUUAUUAUUUCCAAACCGACGAAGAAGGGGGGGAAAACGAAGACCAGGCUUUGAAGCAACCUCGCGAGGACAAUAUGCGACUCGAGUCGGCUGAGAUGGUCGAGUCUUCUGCGACGGGGCCCAGCAAGGAGGAAUGGGAUGUUGUGCUCCCUCGUCCCUUUCCGAAUAGAUCUUCACCUGGUCCUACAAAAGCCGAGGCCGCGGAAGAAGACCGGUUGAGUGGAGCAUCCGGCUCCGACGCGAUCGAAAAAGGCUCGUCUUCAUCUGGAAGGCCCUUCGGUCGCAAGGAUAGGCCUAUAGGACGCCAAGCAUCCGAGUCACAAGAUUCAUCCCGCCUAGGAUAUACAAACUCUCAGACAAUUGACCAUGACGAAGAGCCCUCGCUCGAGCGGAAACCAAGCACAGAUAAGGUCAGUGGCUGGGCCAAGGUCAAGCAAACUAUCAUCGGUCGAAGGCGAUCUCGUUCAAAUUCAUUUGUAAGAGACCGGGUGGAAAAGGUCGAGAGUGGUAUCAAUCGCGAGAGCGGUAACAGCUUCAAGGAUCAGCCCUCUUUGACCAUCAAUGCUGGGCCCAGUGGGUCUCCAGCAGUAUCACCGUCUCAGUCUGGCUUCCUGUCUACGGGGAGCAUCAAUAUCCCGCGCGGUGUCUCACCUCUUCCUCCACCAUCUCCAGGGGAUUUUGCCAAAUACAAUGAUUCCAAGCUCAUGCCCUUUCCCGGCAUCUAUCAAUUGGAGGAGCAAAGAAAUCAUAGAAAGGCCGUUGAAGCUGGACUAUCUCCAGCAGACGCUCCUGGUCAAUCCGUGACCAUGCCUCUGUUCCCAAAUGCAGCAGCACUCUCAGCUCCUCUGCCUCCAUCUGUCCGAGACUCGCCGGAUGAAGGAAGUGAACAAAAUGGUCGAGGUCUUCAAAGAAAUCCCUCCCUUGGAAACAUGCGCCAGCAGGAUCGCAAUUGGCCCCAUGACGAGGAUCAGGGCGGUUCGAUAUCACGAUCUGCUUCCUCGGGUUCGAAUAUCAGGAAAUGGCUCAAGGUCCUUCAGCCUGGACCCGCAUCGAAUUCGCCAUCGCCCGCACCAUAUCCCUACCCCUUGAGUUACUCUCCAGCUCCCAGCUCUGUAGCAGGGGAACGACCCACUGCCAAUCUCAACCGGCGACCAUCUGCGGCAGAGAUUUUCUUGCCCCACGGUGGCCUGCAGCGACGCCCAUCCACGCCCAACAUUCUCCAGGGUCUGUCGCGAAAGUCCUCAUUGGCAGAUGCUCACAACGGUGGCUCCAAUGCACAUGGAUUGAAGACUGCCACCUCCAAAUCGUCCUUGAAAAAGGCGUUUGGCAUGUUCGCUCACGAGUCCCACAAUAAAGAGGCACCCAACGACCAAGAAGAACCUUCAACGAGACGACCUCAUGGUGUCCCAUCGACGGUCCUAGAUCCCAAGGUCAACGAAGCUCCCUCACACGAUACAAUAACAGAGGCUACCCCUACUGAACUUACGCCAACUGCAACUACAUCAAAACCAGCGCCAGUUGUUGAACCAGAACCGGUUCCUUCUGAGCCGACGCCAGCGCCCACAGCGGAACUUGCCCGGCCUCCAUCUCCGUCUCCUCUGGUUUUCCCACCAUCCUCAACAGUGCCAAUACCCCCUGCUACGUCCACGCCACAUACUGAGGUUCCUCCCAGAACGAUGGCAACACCACCUCCUGCCAUCUCUCGCCUGCGCUCCCCUCCUCCUCCGCUGAGUUCACGACCACAAUCUCCGCUCUCUCGCGCACAAUCUCCGUCCAUUCUCAAAAAGGAAUCUGCGUACAGAGCGCAAUCUCCUCCUAUCAGAGCACAGUCCCCAGGUUUCGAUCUGUCCGGAGUACUUUCCCCUCUCAUGUCUCCUCGUUCUCACUCACCUUUCCAUUCGCACUCGCCUUCCCUCGGUCGAUCAAAAGGCCUUUAUGUCCAAAAAGCUCUCAGUUCCGCGGAUAUCAUAUCCGGUAUAGACAACCUGCUCAACCGCACCAGUACAUCGUCCUCGGACGUGAAGUCCAAAGUACUUGAGGAUCCUCCACGCAAGUUGCUUUUGGUGACACCGGUGCUUCAAGUCGCAAGCAAGGAUGUAGUAAAGGAUCGAACGCUAUUCCUUUUCAGCGACCUCCUGAUUGUCGCUAAAUGCAUGACAGCUGGGGAAGGGGGCCUCCCUAUGGACAAGUCCUACAUUGUCAAGAAUGUUCUGGAUCUCAAACGUUGCUCUGGACCCUCAUUGAGCAUGGGAUCUUGUGGUCUGUCCGGUGACCGUCGCAGCCCCGCUCUCCAAGCCUUUGUCGAAGAGUUCAACCGCGACCAGGCAAAGGCAGUCGCCAGACUCUGCGACAUGGCUGGUGUGAAAAUGGAUGAGAGUCAGUUCAUUGCUGGUGUGCUGUUCAAGGCGCACGAGAUUGAACGGCCUCGUCUCGGUGAUUUCCUUGCAAGGAAGAACAACCGAGAAAUCCUCCAUGCCUUUGUGGACAGGUUCAACUUUGCAGGCACGAGAAUCGAUCACGCGUUGCGAAUCUUCCUUCUUUCCCUCCUCUUGUCCGAUAAUGCAGAACCUCGCUCCUUGGAGAACCUUCUUGCCGGAUUUGCAACCCGCUGGUUCUACGCAAAUGGAGCUACAGUGGCCUUCGACAAGGAAUGCGCAAAGAAUCUUGUCAUAUCCAUCGUCCUUCUCAACGCCUCGCUCCACAUGUCGCAUGCCCACCAACAUGCACCAGCUUCAUAUCAUGAAUUUGCAGAAGCCGUCCGAGCGUACGAUCAGCGCUACUCGAUCAAAGAGGAUCUCUUGGAAGACAUAUACGAGGCAGUGAAACAAGAGAAGAUUUCAGCUCCCAAAGAGAACCCCAACGAUGCUCGACUGCACGUCGAAAUCAAGGGAGCGACCAACCCUAUGCACUUUACCUACCGCUUCAAGUCGGACUUUGUCCGCGUGCGGAUACCAGCUCCUGACCCGAAUUUCCGCAUCCACUUGCUAGGUCAUGGCCUCAUCUUUGAGCCCCCGACUCUACACUUUACAAACAGUGCCGAGGCUACUUUCCGCGUCACAGGUACCUCGUUGGGAACAAAAUCAAUUCUCUACUGGCGGGCAGGGGCGAAUGCGCAUCUCUACAGCGCGAUGCCGUUGGCGAGCGAUAUUGUCAUCGAGCGUGCAUUUAUGCGCAAUACUUUGCGCAUCGACAUCAAGGAUGCACCCCCCGUGCGCGAGCGCGAUAGCAUGGCAAGUGACGAGCUCCCUGUUCUCUCAAAGAAGACCUAUGUCUUCAGCAUCGAAGAUCCUAGAGAGUAUGAUCACUGGGCCAAGGUUUUGAAGACACGCAUUAACCGUGCCGCUGGCAUUCUCGAGCCAGACAGGCCUCCAACUGCUCAGGGUAUCUACCUCACGCCGUCUGUUACCGGCAGUGUCCCCCCAAGAAUUAGACGAGCGACAGAGAUGGUCGCGUUUGAAGUGCUGAAGGAGACACUGAUGGGAAGUCACACCAAUGGGACUACCCGCCCACCACCGUCCUAUAACCUCACCUUUGCUCAAGAAAUGGCCUCCCAGCCCGAAUCUGGCCUUGCAGCUCGUCGCAACAAACCCGCAAAACCGAUUCCUCGUCUGCCACUCUCUGCCUUUUCGCCGCCAAACUCUGGGACGGGCGAGCGUUUCCCAUUGCCACCGAGUCCAACAACAGUUCACCCUACGGCCGUGUACGAUGCAUCGGCCGUCGUGUCGUCUGUCGAUGCCCUCCAAAGCUAUUCGUCUGCGCUAGGCAAAUCACCCAAUCCACGGCUCGCGGGUGUCGUGAUCGCGCUUCCAGACGCAAAAACCGAAUCUGUAGAACAACUCAUUACCUCGUCGACAGUCCCGGUGGUUGGCGUCACCGUCCCACUUUCUGAUGCAAGCACAUCCAUUGCCAUUCUCAACGUCAAAGUUGCCUACACCACCCCGUUUGUCCAGUCGGCCCCCAGUGAAUCUGAAGCAGUACGGACGGCGCUCAAGUCUGGUAUUGUCAACGUCGACGUUCAAAAUGACCUGUCUAGCGAUGCCGGCUGGGAGAUGCUGGAAGAGUUUCUAAACUCUGCGUUGAAGGAUGUCGAUCCAGAGGCCACCAAGCCCGCCAUCGUUCUCUCCAAUAUUCUCCCCCCUCCCGGCGUCCUCGAGAUGCCCACUGUUACUUUGCUCAGCCACCCAUCAUACGUUGCCUAUCAAGCUCAUACAGCGACAAUUUCUCUGUACGAGUCUGUCCACGUCAGUCUUUCCCCACCAAAAUGGGGAUCUGCCGUACCAGGGCCACUCGACCUUGCUUCAAAAGAGUGGAAGAAGCGGGUCAAGAUGUAUCUGGGUCCAAUCAUCGACGCAUUCGGUUUUAAUCGAAUCAUCUUUGCCUCGUCCAGCCCCUCCAGUGUAGAAUACAACUCACUCCCGGCAAACUGGUAUGAGCUCGCACGUGAAGCCGUUGCAGAGCUCGGUAUCGAUCAAGAAGGCGUCGAUGCCAUCUUUGGAGGAAACGCAAAGAACUUGUACGGCUCUGCUUGA